CACAUAAACAUUAUCUCAUUGCCAUGAAAUUCCCUUCUCCUUUCACCAUCCUUUUUGUGUUUGUGAUACUACAAGAAACACUAAAUUUAGCUAUGGCAGACCAAAAGUUUAUAGAGGACACAUGUAAGAACACACCGGACUAUGAUUUGUGCAUGUCCAUUCUAUUAGCUGACCCUAGAAGCAAAGAUGGAGAUAUAACCGCCCUAUCGCUAAUUGGAGUGGCUGCAAUCAAAAACAAAGGUGUCCAAAUCAUGAAAAACGUCGAAGAUCUUAAAAAAUCUCAGCCCGAGCUAGGAGAUGCGUUGGAUUAUUGUAAAAAGAUGUACCAUGCGGUUGUGAAAGUGGACGUGCCGUUAGCCAACCAGGCAUUGAGACUCGGACAACCUAAGUUUGCUGAGGACGGAGUGGCGGAUAGUGCUGUGGAGUCACAAGCAUGUGAGUCUACUUUCGGUCAGCAUGGUCAGCAGUCGCCAAUGACGGAUAUGAACAACUCUAUGAACAUUUUGGCAAAUGUUGUUAGGGCCUUAGUUCGAAACCUAUUAUAGCUUGUAUUAAUAUGUAAACCCCAAAAAUUAGAACUUAUAUGCUACAAUGCUUGUGA